CCGGGUGGGGAGAGCGAGCGGGAGCGGCAGCGAGUAUCCGGGGGCCGGGGGGCCAUGGGGCAGGCGGGCACGGGCUGCGCGGGGCUCCCCCGGCGCCGCGGCUAGCGCGCCCGCUGUCUCGGCCGCCUCAGCCGCCCGCGCCGCCCGCCUGGGGGACGAGGAGCAGGACGCGGCCUCGGCCGGGCCCGGGCCGAACGGCUGCGGACACCCGGGCGCCAGGGAGUCGAGCGCCGCCGCCGCCGCCGCCUCCGGGAUGGAUCAGUGCGUGACGGUGGAGCGCGAGCUGGAGAAGGUGCUGCACAAGUUCUCGGGCUACGGGCAGCUGUGCGAGCGCGGCCUGGAGGAGCUCAUCGACUAUACGGGCGGCCUCAAGCACGAGAUCCUGCAGAGCCACGGCCAAGAUGCUGAAUUAUCAGGGACACUUUCACUUGUUUUGACACAGUGCUGUAAGAGAAUAAAGGACACUGUUCAAAAAUUGGCCUCAGACCACAAAGACAUCCACAGCAGUGUUUCUCGGGUUGGAAAAGCCAUUGAUAAGAAUUUUGAUUCUGACAUUAGCAGUGUGGGAAUAGAUGGCUGCUGGCAGGCAGACAGUCAGAGGCUGCUCAAUGAGGUGAUGGUGGAGCACUUCUUUCGACAAGGAAUGCUGGAUGUAGCUGAAGAGCUCUGCCAGGAAUCUGGUCUUUCUGUAGACCCAAGUCAGAAAGAACCAUUUGUGGAGUUAAAUCGAAUAUUAGAAGCAUUAAAAGUCAGAGUUCUGAGACCUGCUCUGGAAUGGGCAGUAUCAAACCGAGAAAUGCUCAUAGCCCAGAACAGCUCCUUGGAAUUUAAACUACACAGACUGUAUUUUAUUAGCUUAUUAAUGGGUGGAACUACGAAUCAGCGAGAGGCAUUACAAUAUGCUAAAAAUUUUCAGCCAUUUGCCCUAAAUCAUCAGAAAGACAUUCAGGUUUUGAUGGGAAGCCUUGUGUACCUGAGACAAGGGAUAGAGAACUCGCCGUAUGUUCACCUACUUGAUGCAAACCAGUGGGCUGACAUCUGUGACAUCUUUACGAGGGAUGCCUGUGCUCUCCUGGGGCUCUCGGUGGAGUCCCCUCUCAGCGUCAGUUUCUCAGCAGGUUGUGUGGCGCUGCCAGCUUUAAUUAAUAUCAAAGCUGUGAUUGAACAGAGGCAGUGCACUGGAGUUUGGAACCAGAAAGAUGAAUUACCCAUUGAAGUGGACCUUGGUAAAAAGUGCUGGUAUCACUCUAUAUUUGCCUGUCCCAUUCUUCGUCAGCAAACAACAGAUAACAACCCACCCAUGAAAUUGGUCUGUGGUCAUAUUAUAUCAAGAGAUGCCCUGAAUAAAAUGUUUAAUGGUAGCAAAUUAAAAUGUCCAUAUUGUCCAAUGGAACAAAGUCCAGGAGAUGCCAAACAGAUAUUUUUCUGAAGAAAUAACUUUAAUUUGCAAUUUGAAGAAAGCUGUGAUAGAUUCCCAAUUUGCUUUUUGAUGUUUUCCUCUGCUCCAGCUCUCACCGUGAAGUCAGCAGAUGUGCAUUUGAGCUCUGCUUGUAGCCCCAGCGGGCUGCCUGUUUCAAAUUCCAUCAUGAAUUUAGCAGGUUGGUGUGAGAAGUCUUCCACUAGAACGGAGUGGAAGGAGUACUAUUGUUUCUUUGCUUUUAUUGCCAAGAGGUGCUUGUUUUAAAAGUGUGUUCAAUAAAAUGAAAUUCUGAAGUUA